AUGCCAAUGCAGUUUCUAGAUGAGUGUGAUUUCAGUGAUCGAUCUGAAGGAGAUUUAAGACCUGUUUAUGGCUUUCAGGGCAACACUGUGCUUGCUGAGUAUCGAGGCAUGGAUGCUGAUUACAUCAACCAAGGCAUAGACCAAUUAUCCGAAAUCAUUGAUCUGAUGAAAAAUGAACCGCAUAAUCGUUGUAUACUCAAUGCAUGGAAUGUUAUUUGA